CGUAGCUCUUCAUUGACAAAUCGCCGGUGAUUCGACGCGCAUGAACCGGGGCGCCCGCGAGCGGAGCUCCUUUUAAGAUGAAAAUGUCGGCCAGCGACAUGUCCCCGGUGCUGAAAGAGGGCGAGCUGGAGAAAAGGAGCGACAACCUUCUCCAGUUCUGGAAGCGGAAGACGUGCGUCCUGACCCCGGACGGCCUCAACAUGUACGCCGACGCGCACAAGCGCUCCAGGGGCAAAGAGCUGAAAUUACAGAGCAUUAAAAAAGUGGACUGCGUGGAGCGCACCGGAAAGUUCGUCUACUUCACCAUCGUCACCACCGACGACAAGGAGAUCGAUUUCCGCUGCCCCGGCGAGGACAACUCGUGCUGGAACGCCGUCAUCACCAUGGCGCUCAUCGACUAUCAGAACCGCAUGGCCAUCCGGGACUUUAAGACGCGCCAGGACGGCGAGAUCGACGGCGCUGGGAGCGAGUGCGGGUUCGAGAGACGCGCGGCCAGAGCGCCCUGAUUGGACCGGACCGCGCCGUCUCCCUCUCCUAAUAUGGCCACACGCGUGUGCGGAGCAUACGAGACAAUAAUCAUCCGAGGACCAAUCCACGACGUCCGGCGGAUCGUCGUCGCCGAUCCGGCGGACGUUUUCCAAACUUCACUCGCUUGGACUGAAAAGUGAAGAAGAAAAAUCAUGUCUGCUUAUUUAUUUGUUUCCUUUUGAAAUGAUGUCUAUGUAUUUAUUUCCUGAAAUUUCGACAUCAUGGGAAGAUUGUUUUGUUUGAAUGACGAAAAAAGUAGUGAGGAGUAACAAAGUAUAUUUACUUUGAACUAUUUAUUUGUUGACUCUUUUCUACUCCUAAAACAGGCUUGUUACUGUUGUCAAUCUUUGUGGACGACCAUGAUGAUGAUUUCCGUUGUGUCAAAUUGACAGUAAAAAUGGCGACUUUUGUACAUUU